UUUAGUUAAAAACGGAAACUCUACACCACAACAAUAUCAUCAGAUUUAAAACUAAAAUGAAGUUUGAUGCUUGGAUUCAUUUCAUUUGUUUUUUACUCAAUCUUUCAAUGUUUUCAAGUGUAAUGGCUGAAAACGAGUUGACAAAGCAAAUGUGUCAAUGUUCAAUGGCUCAACCUGAAAUUAAUGCAGAAUUUGAAGCAAGAGGAAGAAGACGCUUUAAACGUAGUGAAACUAAUUCUACAACUGAAACAAAUUCAACUAGUUCAGAGAAUGAAUUAAGUGAAUCCAUAGCUUCAAGUGGAUCUAGUACUGACUACAGAAUAGUUGGUGGAUAUGAUGUGAGUAAAAACAAACCCUGGAUUGCUAAGCUCUGGGUUGUCAAGUCUCAAGAACUUUGUGGAGCAACAGUAAUCAAUAAAAGGUACUUGCUGACUGCUGCACAUUGUGUCUGCCACUCUUUAAAAUGCAUUGAGGGGAAACCUCAAUAUGAUGCUAAAGCAGAAUUCAAAGCAUAUCUUGGCAUCAACAAAAAUCCUGUCAAAAUAGAUAGCUCAGAUGUAAAAGGUAAUCCCCAGUAUGAAUAUGGAAUUGAAGAAAUAAAAUCCCAUCCUCAAUAUGCAGAGCUAACAUAUGAUAUUGCUUUGGUAAAACUUGAUCGAGACAUAGUGUUUGUUCCUAAUGUACUUGAACCUAUUUGUUUACCAACUGCAGAUGAUAAGUCUGAUACAGUAACUAGCGAGGGUAAGCUGGAGAUAUAUAUAGCAGGAUGGGGUAGAAUGUCAGCUGAUUGUGUAACUGAUGAGUUUGGUCCAGUUAAAAACUUGAAAUGUAAAUUUCCCUUUAAUUACAAAGGGGAAGACAAUGUGAGAUGUUCAACCUCCAGAAGUCCAAGUUCUAAAGUGGAUCAGUGCAAAGAUUUCCGAAAAGCGAUGAAGGAUGAGUAUCCUGAAACUCCUGGGACUAGUAUUAUUGUAAAGGAUGGUGAUAAAAAGAUACAAUGCUAUUCUUACUCUAAGGGAGAGGAUGGAUGGUGCCAGGGUAUUAACACAGAUGAUGAAUUUGAUGAUAACUGGGGCUGGUGCCAACCAUCAUGCAAACUUCAUAAAGAUUCAACUGAAAGAUUGGCAACAGUGCUUCAGGAGACAAGACUAGAGGUAUUACCUAUGGCUGUUUGCAAGGAUCUUAUUACCAAAGGCAGUUACAAGUUUGUUGGGAAAAAUGAAAUGUGUGCUGGGAAGAAGAAAACCUUCCCAACUGUAAAAGUUUGGGAGAAAGCCGGAGAAUCAUAUAAUUUAGCUGGAACAGAGCAAAAUUUCUAUGGACUCAAUGAUGAUGGAAAAUACCCGUAUAGUUAUUAUAUCUCCGGAUCAGACUCCUGUAAUGGUGACAGUGGUGGUCCAGUUUACAGAUGGAUCAAUGGGGUUCCUACACUGGUGGCUGUGGUCUCUAGGGGUUUUGGAUCUGGAGAGAUGAACGGGUGUGCUGAGUUAAAUUUCCCUGGUGUUUAUACUAGGGUUGCCAAGUUCUUAGAUUGGAUUCAAGGACAGGCAGCAGACGGAUACUGUUAAUAGACAGUUUAUGUACAAUGUACAUUAGCAUUGUACAUAACAUUGGUUUAAAUAAUUGCAAUAAUUUAAUUCAUGAUAUAAUUUUGUAUAAAUUUUUGUACAAUUUUUUAAAUCAUUGUAAUUGUAAUAAAUUAAAGUAAGCAUUUUUUCAA